GGCGGCCCCACAGCCACCCUGCGCCUCCCGGCCGGCGGCAGCUCCCCGCGCCCCGGCGCCCCGAGCCGGCCGCGCCGCCUCGCCUCUCCCCUCCGGCAUGUUUUAAACCCGGCCCUGCCCGCUCCCCUUCGGGCUUCCCCUCCCGCCGCCGUCGGGUCCCGUCCCGUUCCCCCGUCUUCGGUCCUCGCGCAUCUUUCCCCCCCCCCGCCACCACCUCCCUCGAAGGGCCGGCGGCUGGGGGGGAGCGGGGGCGGUGGGCGCCCCCGGGGGCGGGGGGGGCGAGGGCAGAAAAGCCCCGCUCGACACCAUGGCGUCCAGCUAUGCCCACGCCAUGGAGAGGCAGGCCCUGCUGCCCGCCCGCCUCGACGGCCCCGCCGGCCUGGACAAUUUACAAGCCAAGAAGAACUUCUCCGUGAGUCACCUGCUGGACCUGGAGGAGGCGGGCGACAUGGUGGCCGCCCAGGCGGACGAGGGCGGCGGAGAGCCCGGCCGGAGCUUGUUGGAGUCCCCCGGGCUGACCAGCGGCAGCGACACCCCGCAGCAGGACAAUGACCAGCUGAACUCAGAAGAGAAGAAGAAAAGAAAGCAGAGAAGGAACAGAACUACCUUCAACAGCAGCCAGCUCCAGGCAUUAGAGAGGGUCUUUGAGAGGACACACUACCCCGAUGCCUUCGUACGGGAAGACCUUGCACGCAGAGUCAACCUCACUGAAGCUAGAGUUCAGGUGUGGUUCCAAAACCGGAGAGCCAAGUUUCGCCGGAACGAGAGGGCAAUGCUGGCCAGCAAGAAUGCCUCUCUGCUGAAAUCUUACUCAGGGGACGUGACCGCUGUGGAGCAGCCCAUAGUACCUCGCCCAGCUCCGAGACCCACCGACUAUCUCUCCUGGGGUACCGCCUCGCCUUACAGCGCCAUGGCCACCUACUCUGCCACAUGUACCAACGCCAGCCCGGCACAGGGCAUGAAUAUGGCCAACAGUAUUGCCAACCUGAGACUGAAGGCAAAGGAAUAUAGUUUACAGAGGAAUCAAGUGCCCACAGUCAAUUAACGACUGGAGGCAGCUGCCUUGGAGAAGGAGAAAAUACAACAGCACCCGUCCUGCUUUGCAACUUGUUUGUGCUGAAAGAUAAAAAAAAAAAACAAAAAAAAACCAAAAAAAAAAACACAAAAAAGAAAAAAAGAAGAAAAAAAAGCCAACCCUAACCCAGAACUGAACAUGGGGACCAAACUGGGAGCAAACUGAACCGCUCAUGAGUGACAAGGUUCCUCCUUCCUUUUGGGAUAAUGCCACCAUUAUUUUUUUUCUUGUUAUUGUCAGGUUUAUUGCUUCUGCUCAGUAUACUACGAGCUUCUUCAGUAAAGGACAGUCUCACCCUUGUUGGUUUCCAUUUUUGUAUGGGACUGCGAAAAGAAACCUCUGCCCAUCUCAGCCUGUGGAUGCGUCCCACCCAUCAUCAUGCUGAGAUGCAAAGCUUGCUCCUCUCCCCCCCUGCCCCAGCUCACCCUAGAAGAAGAAGUUGUUUGGUCACCGCUUUCCCUUGUAUCUGCCUGACCCUUCAUCCCUCCAAUCCCUUGUGCCACAGAGGCAGCACCAUUACCGUUCGUCUGGGAGAAGCUUGUUAGUCCAACGCCAUGGGAUCAUCCUACACGGGUUGCCUGGACCAGUCCAAGACAUAAGGAAGACCUCCUCGGGCUUCUCAUUGCUUUCUUGAGUAUUCCCAGCACUGCCGCCAUGAAAAGCCAAAGAAGAGAGAAAAGCCAACAUGGGGGUGUGAGCGAUGGAGGGGUUGUAGCGGGAGGGAUCGCUCUGUAGUGCCAAGAAUAGGACUGUUAGGACACUCCUUUCUAUGCCUUACAGUUUGUGCCACAGGGAAAGGCAUUGUCCGGAUGCAUUUGUUUUAUAUAUACUGUAUAUAUUUAUAUAUAUAAGAUAUACAUGCAAGCUUGGUUGGUGUUUUUUAUUAAACAAAAUAAAAUCCAUUGAAAAUGUUUGGGAUGUUUGUGCUGCAUCCAGGUUCCUGGAGCCGGGCAUUGAAAUUCCAGCCGCAGCCUCUCUCACCCUUGUCAGAGCUCUUCCCGGUAGCCUCGGGCAGCGCUGGAAAUGGCCAGCUCACGUCUUCCCGUGAGAAACCCUGAAGAAGUGAAGCUGGAGGGAGCCACACUCCUUUGCAGAUAUUUUCCCAUGGGCGUUUGCAGCUUCAUAGGGUAAGAUGAGGAUCUCCUCUCCCGUCAGGUGGGUUCAUGUGGCUCUUGGGAAAGUACAAGGACAUCCCCAUGGAAAGUCUCUGCCAGCCCCUCCAAGGGUGGGUGAUGUCUCAGCAGGGAGCAUCCCACACGAAGACCGUAUCUCCCCCCAGUUCCCAUAAUGCUGCCCAGUGAGGCUUGUCCUGUAGCCUUAACCAUUCUCAUUUGCUCUUCCUACCUGCUGUCCUCCCUCCUCUGGGAUCUGGAGAGCUAAUUAGGACCUAAGUUCCUUCUCUCUGUGAAGAGUAGAGGAGAUGCAACCCAAAAGGGGUUUCUUCCAUGCAAGCAUCCUGAGGCAAUGAGGAUCUUUCAUGUUGCCUACCUCUUUCAAACUUGAGAGGAGGAGGGGACCGUAAGGGAAGGAGAAUGAAGCUCAGUCAUGAGGGAUACUUCUGGUAGAGUGGCUUAGGUCUCCAUCUUGGUGUUUGCUGCAGGCAUGCUGGCCAUAUAUAGAUGUCUGACAGUGGGCUUUGAUAGUCUAAAACAGUAUGUUGCGGGAGAUGAGAAAUAAAUCUCUUUAAACCAAAGGUGAAAAUUAAACGGGCAGAGGAUGAAUGGAAAUCCAGCCAAAGUAUUUGAGCUAACGCUGGGGAAAAAAGUCCCACAUCCAAACUGGCGUCAGUUGUGCCCAUGAUUGUGUGUGUUGCUGCUGGAAUUUUUUUUUCUCCCUGUAUGGAUAUUUUUGAGGGGCAAAAAAAGGGAAUGUAAUUAUGACCAGGACAAAAACCUAAAAGUCGCAGAUUACGCUUGCAGACAGAACACCAGCAGGGGAAACAAGGCUGGACAAGCACUGAGUUUGAAGAAAUCCGUGAUGUUUUCUGUUUGAUCCCUUUUUUGGCCUUUCCUUCUCUAAACCGAAAUAUUUCUACCGUGAGCAGUGUCGUUCCAGCUCCUAGAGCCAAGUGAUCACAUUGGAAAUCUCAGCCUUCACUUAGAAACUCACUCUUGGUUCCUGUGCCUAUGCAAACAGAGAAGCUAUUGAAGAACAUAUCCUGCACCAUCAGAAAGAAAAAGGACUUGGUGCAAUGUAACGUUACUCAGAGGCUGAACCGGUCCUUGAGUGCCUUAGCCUGGUGCUCCCCCCUCUAAAGUUAGGAAGGAGACAGUUCGGAGAGCAUGAAGCUCCUGGUACCUGGUUUAUCCAUCUGUGGACCAAGAUAUCCAUCCCUACCCCCACGCCGUGAUGUUGACAUGAAGGAGCUCACAUAAAUGCCUGUGCAAACCCUUGUUCACCCUUCUCACUUUAUUUGUGCGAGGGACUGAAUUGACUUGAAUGGGGCUGCUCCCGCGGGAAGGUUGUAUAAGCUUUUGUGCUUCCGAUUUUAGUCGGGUCUUGCCUUGGGUUGGGCUACUCGGCUGGGGAUGCCGUCACAGUUGGCCAGGCCGUUGUCAGUCCGGAUGAGACCUUUACAUCACCUUUGAGCUGGGCGACAUCAAGAUGUACACCAGAGCAUCCGAGACAAUAUUGCUUGGGUUACAUGGGUUUGCUAAACAGAGUCCAGCUGGAUGAAUGGACAGGUUUUGUUCUUUGUUUCUUAAUUGCUGAUGGCCUCGGCCAAGAGACAAUGUCUAGUUGUCUACCAAGACAAAGCAAAAUUUUACAGUUGUGUAUGUUUAAUCUGUAUUUUAUUGAACCAUGUAAAUAUAUGGGCACAUUAAGGGCCUUAUCCCGAAAGCGUGGAGUUCUCCAGGGUUUUCGUAGACUUUCAGUCACAGCUCUCGGAAGUUGCCAUGGUUACAUCAGUUAUCACUAAGUUUAGGUGCCAUUCAGGGGAGAAAAUGGUCUUGAGGCACAUUCCUUUUGCCUGCUCUGUACAAACGCUGUUUUCUCAGCCCCUCUUCCCCCCACCCACCUUUUCUCGACACAGAAAUAGGUGGCUGAUUCCCUCUAAGUGGGAUUUUUGAGCAUGACAGGGAUGGAUGAUGGAUGAGGCUGGCGGAGCUUGA